GCCCCUGAGGGUAGACACGAUAGACGGCCCCAAAUUACCCAGGAGACACCAUCAACCUUUCAAAUCUUUCGCAUCCCUUGCAAAUCAACACUGCAAAUCUUUGAAUCCAGAUCUGUUUCCUGCAUCUUCCAGCAAUGGGAUUUCCAGACCUGGAGUUUGGCAACAGGAAUGCGCAGUGAUCCCAGGGCUUGAGAAAAUGGAAUCUCCUCAAAUACCGCCAGGUGAUGCAGAGCAGUCUUCCACAGACUUCGACGAUCUCCAGUAUUCACUGCAAGUGGAGCAGGAGAACACGCAAAAGAGGACCUUCACAAGUUGGAUCAACUCGCAGUUGGAAAAGCAUUCCCCACCUUCCUUUGUCUCGGACUUGUAUACGGACAUCGGGCAGGGACAUGUGCUUUUGGAUCUGCUGGAGGUUCUCUCAGGACAACAAAUGCCACGUGAGAAAGGAUCUAACACUUUCCAGUGCAGAAGCAACAUUGAAAAUGCGUUGACGUUCCUAAAGAACAGAUCGAUCAAGCUGAUCAACAUUCAUGUUGCUGAUAUCAUUGAAGGGAAACCGUCCAUUGUCCUUGGCCUGAUUUGGACAAUCAUAUUGCAUUUUCACAUUGAAGAGUUAGCCCAGACUCUUGCUUGUGGCUACGGUCAUCCUUCGCCGGACAGUUCGAGUGCCGUGGACUCAUCACCGACAGCAAGCCCACCGGCAAAACGAAAUGCUAAAGCGAAGGAACGGUGGAAGAUGUCUGCAAAGAAGGCUCUUCUGUUGUGGGCCAAGGAGCAGUGCGCCACGCAUGGCUCCAUCAGCGUUGCAGACUUCAAAUCCAGUUGGAGGAAUGGGUUGGCGUUCUUGGCCAUCAUUCACGCCUUGAGGCCGGACUUGGUAGACAUGGAGAGAGCAAAAGAUAGACCCAACAAAGAGAACCUGGAGGAAGCCUUCGAAAUUGCAGAGACAGAACUCAGUAUACCCCGGCUGCUUGAACCUGACGAUGUUGAUGUCGUCAGUCCAGAUGAGAAAUCCAUCAUGACAUACGUGGCUCAGUUUCUGCAGUAUUUCAAAAGUCUACCUGUGGCUGAAGAUGAGAUGCAGGGGAAAGUCAACCAGACCUUGAGUUGGCUGAACUCUCAAGAAAAGAAGUUAGCAAGGUUGUUGUCGGAGACAGAAAGUAUGCCCUUCUCUGAGAAGUUCCAAGAGAUGUUAUCAUUUAUGGAAUCAUUUAACACAGAGAAAAAGGCCUUUCAGUCCUUCCUGACAUCUAAAAGAAAAGCAUCGGAGCCGAGCGGAGAUUAUCUAAAGAUGAAAGAUGCAUGGGACGGCCUAACCUCUCAGAUGAAUGAAUGGAAAGCAAAGCUGGACAGUUUAUUGCCUCCACCUCUAGAUGCAAUAGAGUCCUGGUUGCAAGAGGUAGAACGCCAGCUGGCGGAAGAUCUACCGGAUUCUCAAGACCACUGUGAAGCCAUGGCUGCCCUAGAAGGAAAAAUGAGGUCCACCCAGAGCCUGAUGGACCAUUUCAAAGACCACUUGGAGAUGCUGCAGUCCUUUGAGAACAGAGAUGAGGCAGGCAUGCCGCUGGUGCCACCGCAGAAACUGGAAGAGAUGAGAAGAAGGUUCAGCAGCAUCCAGCUUGCAGAUUUCAGCAAUCUUGUGGAGUGCCACCAAUUGUUCUGCUCGGCUAUCUUGAAGGAACUGGUAUCCAAGCUUAACAUCUGGCACAUCAAGCAUGGGACCAAGGAGAAUGUGGAGUCGCUGCUGUCAGAUUGGAAUGGUUUUAUUGAAGAAAAAGGAUUUCUUAGUCAGCUGGAAACCACAUUUCGAGUAUGCAGAGAGAAACAGAACAAGAUCAUGACAACUUCUAAUCUGGGAGCUGAUCCUGAGGAUGCAAGUAAAUUAUUUAAGAUGGUAGAAUCUCAGGUUUCCAGAUGCAACGAGUACAUUGACAACGUGAAUGCGACCUUGCGGAAGAUUUUGUUGUCCUGGGACACCUAUACGGAGAACAUCCGCUUGCUGCAGGCUUGGCUGGAAGACACGCGGAAAAAGCACCCUCCGAAUGUUCCCACAGAAGUCUUGGCUGCCUGGAACUCCCGGCACGGAUCUGUCAACGAAGCAGGGAACUUUUUGAUCGAAUCCUGCAACGAGGAAGUGGGUUCAGCCGUUUCCAGUGAGCUGAAGAAACUGAACAGAAAAUGGGCAAAGCUUAUAAAGAAAACACAGUUUGAGAUGAGAUUGCUGGGAAUGCAAGAGGAAGAGGUGGAGGUGAAGCUGGCAGCUGGCAGUAAUGGAAAAAUGGAUUCUCCCACAACAGCAGAACCAGAUGACCCUGCAGUGGACAGCUCAGAGGAGACUCUUGAUGCUGGUUCACUAUCUCCGGACGAGUCUUUAUCAGAAGAAGAGGUUAAGCUAAAUUUCGAAGAUGCUCACAAGGAGCUUGAAGCAUCCAUUUUAAAAGCUAUGCAAAUCCUUGGCCAAAAGACCAGGCCUGAGGGGCCAGUUUCGAAACAUGAGGAAGCUUUUAGCAUCUUGGAUACCAACAGCCUCCGCAAGUUUUCGAGAGCAGCAGAACAAUUGAAAGACAUUUUGCCCGCUUGUGAAAAGGCAGCGGUGGAGGAAAAGAGCAAAGACGUCCGCGAGAGAUGGGAGGCUGUUCGCUGUGAAAUUGUAUCCUAUGUUGAAUUAAAAAUGGAAAUCGAACGAGGGAAGCUGAACAAUGCCUUUUCAAAACUCAAUAAGCAAAUAAAUAAAGAAAAGAAGCUGCUCAAGGCGGGAAAGACGAAGGGGCUCAUUGCAGAACAUGAGGCGAUAUUUUCUCAGCAAGGUGUCCUGGGCGAGCUACACACUUCCUUGCAAGCCCUGAAAGCCAUGAGCAAGAACAUGACGGAGGAAGAAAAGCAGGCUGAGAAAAAGACCCCGGUUGUAGAAUAUGAGCGGAAGAAGGAAGAGCUUCAGAGACAGGCUUUGGCUGUUCACAGCGAGCUGUUGUCUAUGGCAGCUGAUAGCCAUUCACCCAAGAGAGGAGAGUUUGCCCUUGCUUCUGCCAAUGGAGAGAAGACAUCAUUUCUUAAUCCUGGCAAUGGGUUUUCAACUGAAAGGGGUCCAGGAGACGUGGAACUAGAAAAGAAACUUCAGAGUGCAGAGAAGUUUGGAAAACACGGAGACUUGUCUCUGAAGGAAUUACAAAAGAGCUACCACACAGAAAGACAUAAUCUGAAGCUUUGCUUAAACACCAUCAGAGAAAAAACAGCAUCUGCUUUUCCUGGCGGUGUGAAAGAUAUUUUCAGCCUUCAGAAUAAGCUGCAAGAGUUGGAGGCCUUGGAGAGCGAAGGCGAUUCUUCUUGGAAACAGUUUGAAAGGAUGGUUUUGCUGCUGGGCAAGUUUUCCUGCAAAGCAGAUGAGUCUCAGGAAGAGCUGCUCAGAGAGUGGAACAGAGCCUGGAAUGCUCUGAAGGAGAGGAUUCACUCUUUAAAGGCUGUUUUGGCCCUUCUAGCCCCUGUAGAAAGCGAAUGGGUUCAGCUGUGCAACGCGGACGAAGAGCUCCGCCAGAGAGACAUUCCCCGGAGCGUGCUAAGUAACACUAGCCUUCCCUUCAAGAAAGUGAAGAAAAUGCAGACAUCUAUAGCAAAUUGUACCAAACAGUGCAGCUUGCUAGAACAAGGCAGGCGUCAAAGAACAGAGGUUGAUCCAAAAGACUGGGAAGAAGCAAGCGCAGUCGCCGCUGAAUACAAAGUGCGAUUGGGGGAGCUGGGUUGCAAGAUGCAGGUGAUUGAGACAAUCCUGCGUGACAUGGAAACUUUUCUGGCUUUGCUGAUGCACGCGAAACAGUCUUUGGGUGCCUCUGUGCCUCUCAGCCUCGCCCCAGGAUCACCCGGGGAAGCUAUGCUGCAGGAGGUGUCUCUGAUAAAAAGGGAGGCCAAAUCUCUCGACGAGAGGUUGAAGCAAGUCAGCAUUUACAUCAACGAUGAUGAAAGUGGGAAAAAGAUGUGUUGCGAAGACCUCGUCGCUGCGUUACCUGUGAACGAAAACCCUGUGGUUGGCUCCGUGGAGGAACAAGACAGCAACCAGAACAGGGAGGCUCAGGAAGAAUUUACCUCAAAGAAUAGCGAUCUCUUUAAAAACAUCCAAGACGUGCAUGUUAAGAUCAGCAAAAUAGGCCUGAGGGAGCCAACUAUCCCUGCUGUUCAGCAAAGGUUGAAGUCGAUCAGCGAACUGCGGCAGAAGCUGGACCGCCUUGCUGCGGAGAUGAGGUCCUUGAAUGAAGUCGCCAGCCGGCUUUCGCGGUCCGCAAAUGGCCAGGGGGAAGAAGUCAAGCGGCAGUGGAAACUCACAGAGGGCUUGUGGAAGAAAACAAAGCUUGCCAUUGCCGAAAAGCAGGAACACUGUGCGAGAGUGAUGGAGCUCUUGAAGCAAUAUCACAGCUGCAAAAACUGUCUGACAGGCAUUAUUCAGAAGCAAGAGCAUACCUUGUCUCAGCAAGUGUCUUACAUGGGAAAAGAGAACUUGCAGAGGAUAAUUGCCAUGGUCAACGUGGUCAAACAAGAAUUUAACAACCAUUCCGAAGACAUUGACAGAAUAAACCAGAUUGGCAAAAGCCUUCAGUCCCAGCUGAACAAAAUGAAAAGCUUGGAGGAUCCUCCCUUUGAGAAUGAGGCUAACGCUAUUGUGGACAGAUGGCUGGAUGUCAAUGAAUGGACUGAAAACUACUGCAAAAAUCUGGAAAGAGCUCUGGCUUUGUGGGACAAGCUCCUUAAUUUAUCAAGUUCAGCCGAGGAGUGGUUAAACGCAGAGCUGAAGAAGUUGGACGGUGGCUGCCUGACUGAAAAGGAGCUGGCAGACUUGGAGGCUGGCUUGAAGUCCCAACAAAAGAAUCUAGAGGAGUUUGAUGCAAAGGUGGAUGAAAUUCAGUAUCUCCUCAAUGGCUACGAGACCCCACUUGAAUUGCAGGUCAUCAAAUCGUCUCUUUUGAACAAAAUGGAGCUAAUAAUAAAGCACUUACCGAAUCAGUCAAUACCCACUGAACUCAAUGGCAACACAGCUGAGCUGAAAGAAGAUCUUGACCUGGCCAAGACGCAGAUUGGAAUGACAGAAUCGCUUCUCAGAUCAUUGUCUCCUUCUAACACCUUGGGGAUUUUUGCUAAAUUGGAGGAGAUACACCAGAAGAUUCUUCAGCAAAAACACCAUGUGAAGUUACUUGAAAAAGAGACAAGUUGUUUGAACCCCGAGGUGGUUGAAUUAAACAAACAACUCAAAAGCGUCACUGAUCUAUUUGAUUCCAAGAUGCAAAUGUUCCAGGAUCAUUUUAUGACUCUCCUAAACUACCACUGCCAGGAUUUCUGUGACUGGUUCAGUAGUACCCGGCUAAAUCUGAAGGAAUGUUUUGAUCCCUCAGAAACAAAAGAGAUAUUGGAAGAGAAAAUUCAGCGGCUGGCGACCUUCCUAACCUUUGAAGGCAAAGGCAGUGCUUUCCAGGAGGUGAAAACACUCUUGAGCCAGGUGGAGAGCUAUUUCCCCGAAGUGGACGUCAGCCACAUGAGCAGAUGGAUGAAGAGCCAAGAAGCAGAAUUACAGAGCGUGAUCAGCAGGUGUCAGGGAAGGGAGAAGGAGCUCCACGUCACUUUGCAGCAGUUUGCUAGACUUGAAUAUCUGUUCUGUAGCUUAGAGGAAUGGCUAAGCCUUCAGGAAAAGAAAUGGCAAGAGAAUCAAGUAGAGAAGCCGAGGCUGGAGCAUUUUUAUCAAAUUCUUCUAAAACAGAGAGAGUCAUUUGAUUCUCUUGCUUGGCUGGCCAAUUCUUUGAGGCUCUCUGGUUUAUCUAAGGAGGAAGUGGUGCUGGUAACCCCUCAGCUUGUCGACAGGUACAAGACGCUGCUCACCUGUGUCUCUGAAAGCCUUGACGUUUCCCAGGUCCUUUCUGCAGAGGAAAGUAAUUUUGAAGAACUUGCCCAGAAUAUGAUCCACUGGGUGCAAAGGCUGAAAGACAAAAUCUUGGGCCUAAGCUCUAAGGAAUCCAAGGCACCGCUGGAAGAAAGCCUGGAGAAAAUAAAGGAGAUUCUACAGCUGAAAGAGGAGGGUGAUGCUAAACUACAAAAUAUUGUCUGCCUUGGGGAACACGUGAAGAGCAAGAAUGGGAGCAAGAAUCUCGCUGUUGAGCGUAUGAUUUCUGAUGUCCGAAACCAGUGGGAGAGCACCAUUCAAAUGGCCAGAGGAUAUCUAAGAGAAGCUGAGUGCAUGAAAGACGAGAAGGCUGAACCACAGACUAAACGGAAGAAGAAAGCGAAACUUGGCUGUGUGGAAGAACGAGAGGCCGGGAACAUCCAGAGUACUGCGCUCAGACAUGAUGGACAGAUCCAAGAGAAGGCAGGUGCAGAGGAACUGCUGAUCUCAUUUGAUGCUCCUGAUAUCAGCCUGAUGGAAGUGCUUGGUGGAAGCCAGAAAGGAGGAUCAAAGGAAUCCUUUAGUGCGAACAAUCAAAUGGAAGGAGGAUCUCCGCAGCUUUUCCAGGAAUGGCUGACAAAUUAUGAGCAAUUGUCAAGUCCUGUAUCAGCUGACACUGGAGAGGAACCAGCUCUGGUUGUUAAGGGGCUAAAAGGAAGCUUGAUGGAAGCCCACAAUUUCCCAAGCUCGACAGGCAAGAGUGGAAAGCCGCUGCCGAAACCGGGGCAAAUACCGCCUGAUGAUAAUCUUCUCAAUGAGCUUCAGCAGCAAUCACUUGGCUAUCAAAAGAAAUUGCAAGCUGCGCAUUGCCGGUUGGAAGUGCCUCCAAUCGCUUUGCCGUUAAUGAAUGGGAAAGUAAUGGGGACUGACCCUGCUCCUUCGUCCAUUACAAAUCCAUCACCAGAAAGCAAGGGCUCUGAGAUGGAAAUGGUUUCGCAGGGGGGUCAUCUUCCCGAAGACCAGGCGACUGCAGAUUAUGCAGAGAUGGUGCAAAAGGUCAAGAAAGCGAAAAUCUCGGCUGCAGAGUUAGACAUUGUAUUGAUGAAUGGUCAACUGAGGGAAAUAGAGAAUUUGUGCGCUCUGCUGGAAAGGCAAAGCUCUGCCAGAAAACAGAAAGCUAAAACUUCUUCAUUGCUGGACGGAGAUUGCUUGACCACUGCAGAAGGAAGCGGCUCAGUUGUGCCAGAUUCAGACAGCGUGGCGGCUUCUAGUUGGGACGAGCUACUGCAGGAUAUAAUGUCUGCUAAAAAGGCCAGGCAGGCGCAGCUUCAUUUGCUGAAUAAUUACCAAGCGUGUCUCACCGAGGUCCAGUCUUCAAUGAAACAUUUUUCGGAGGAAAAAGAAAACCUAAAAACGGUACCCCUGUCAGAAGACACAGUUCUCCUGGAGAAUAUCCAGAAAUGCUUGGAUUCUAUACAAAAAGGGAGAAUCCUUUUGCAAAAGCUGAAGGCUGAACAAGGAAACCUAUCUAGACAACUAACCAGGAUGGACAAGGAGUUAAUCCAAAGCCAGGUGGCCCAGAUAGACCAGUGGUGGAAACAGAUGGAAGACACACUUAAAAGGAAGCAGAUCCGGGUUGCAGCACAAGCCAAUGAGUUUAAGGUUUUCAUGGAUAAAGCACAGGAGCUCCAAAAGUUGCUGCAGCAGCAGCACUGUUUGCGAACAGGCGGGGACACCCACAACCAAGCACACUCGGCGUUGAUGGCCACAGAAUUACAAACGCUUAAAAAUAGUGUUUCUAUGUUAAAAAGUGGUGCUGAGAUGCAGAUGAAGAGGAUGUGGACCGACACAGGGAAGAGAGCUCUGGAAAGCGCAAUAAAUGAUUUGCAGACUCGAGUGGAGGAGCUAGAGCAGCUGACUCCUACGGAAGAUGCCCAAAGAAGCGGCCGUUAUCCUCAGGCGUAUGACCUCACAAAGAAGAUUGAAGAGGCUGUUUUGUGGGCCAGAGUCUCGUUGCUCCACCUGGAUGGGAAGGCAGCGCUUUUCCCGGACGAUCUGAUGUUUGAAAUCGAAAGCUGCAAGGUUCUGAUUGGGGCCGCCGAGGAGAAAAAGUCAGGUGUCGUGCAACUGGUGGACGAGGCACAGCGCAUUGCUCCCCAGUUGGAAUCAGGCGAAGCUUCUGCCCUCGCCCUCCUUUCGGACCAGUUGCAAACCUGCUACAAAGACCUUGUUCCGAAAUUAGUAGAGCGGUUGGAGCAGCUGGAAUCUGAGCUCGGAAAGAGACGGCAGCUUUUUGCAGACACCGAAAAAUUGCAAGCAAAACUUAAAGAAGCAGAGAGGGUAUCCAAGCCAGGUACCGGUGACACAAGCCUGAAGUCAGAAAUGGACCGUUGGCAUGCCGUCGUAGAAAAGUCUGCAAAGGAGAUCGAGGAAGCAAAAGGUAUUGUUGAUGCAUCCCCUCAGGGGCUAAAUGUGUUUGAGAAGUUGUUUCUCAAUGACUUCUUGAGAAGCCUCCAGAGCAGAACUGAAAGAGCUCACAGGCUAAACCAGAUUAACCGCCGUACAGCAGAAAACAAGGUAGAUGCCUAUGAAAAAGUCACAAGGACGCUGAUGUCAUUGGAGCAGGAUCUUUGCAGCCUCCAGCGUGAGGAAUUGGAACUGGACCAGGCAGGUGUGGACCAAGACAUUAAGGGUAAAUUGUUUGUGCUUAAAGAGAGAGCAGCGGCCAUCCAGUCAGGUUUGUUGCACUUAGAAAAGUACAAGGAGAUUUGGGAAUGCCUGCAUCUGAAAUGGGAUGUACCAGACCUUGAGAAAUUGCAAGGCGAGUGUUGCAAGCUGAAACGUAAGCUUGAGCAGAGGGUUAGCUGUUCUGCGGAGGGCGACGGGCGUAGAACAGCACUCUCAGAAGUUGAGGCUCUCAUCUCCAUUAUACAGAAACACUGUGAUGUUUUGAAAGAUUGCUCCGACUCUAUUGCCUCUGAAACCAGUCCGAUGUCAGAAAAGACUUUAAGUUGGAAAGUGCAGCAUGCCAGGCACUUAACUCAGGAGGCACUCAGGCUGCUAGGCAAAAGCGAGGCCUUUGGUCCUUCUCUCAAGGAGACCAAGAUGCAGCAAAUAAAGAGCUUGGGCGUGAAAAUAGAUGGGCUGGCACAAGUGAUCCAAUCUAAGAUACUGGCUGUUCAAGAAAAAUGCGGACACGAGCAAGGUUUCCAGAGCAAGCUGGGUCACAGUUUAGCAGCUUUAAAGCAAAUUAAAUCCGAGCUCCGGCAGCCCAUUCUACUUGACUUGGAAACACAGACGAUCCGAUGUGAAAAUAUGUACUGUAAAGUGAUUGAAGAUGCUGCAGAAGUAGAAUCUUGCGCUGCUGAAGAUUUAAUUAAUAGAAAGAGGGGGUCUCAGGAAGGACAAUCUUCCCUCCCUGAUAGUUUGCAGAGGGAACUGGAUGAACUGCAAAGCCUGAAAGUACAGCUGAAAUCUGACAUUGCCGCACGUAAAAGUGCCUUAAAUGAAGCCUUUGGGACUGUGAAGUCUUACAGAGAAGCUGUCCUAAGGGCUUCCGACCUCCUCAGCCAGCGUGAAGCCCUUUUCUGCACUCCUCUGCUCGCUCUGGAUGAGCUAGAAGAGCCCAGCCUCCUCUCUCGCCAGAGACAAGAAGAACUUGAGUCUGCAAUGUCUCAAGUAGAAGCGCUGACCUCUGCGAUGGAAAACAUAGUCGAACCGCAGGCCAAACUGCAACUGGAAAAAACCCUUGGCGAUCUCGUUUCUAAGAGUUUGAUAGCAAGAGAGCAGGAGCAAAAGAGAAAAUCUGAUGUGCAGAGAUGCUUGGAAAAAUACAACCGCUUCAAAAAAUCCAAAGAGGUGAUACAUGUUAAUCUCAACGACGUGGAAAGGGUGCUUCAGAAAUCUUUGUACCAUAUUCCAGUGUCUUAUAAAGAAGCUUUAGAGCAGUCGGAACAAAGCAAGAUGAUGUCCUCCAGACUGGUUUCAAUCGAAGAGGAUCUAAGGAGGUUGCGUCAGGACUCGGGACAACUGGUUUCGAUGUGCAGCGAAAAUGAUUGUGUGCUGAUUGACACCGUUGUGACGACUUUGUGGCUAAAGUGGCUUUAUUUGCUCGACACUGCAAAAGAAUGGGAGGGAAAGUGUGAAGAACAGAAGCAGGAAUGGAAAUCCGUCAGUGAAGAAAUGGAACGAGAAAGCAUCAUUCUAGACAAUCUUCAGGAAGAACUGCCCGAAAACCCGAAAGAAAAGGAGAGAGCCAGCAAAGAGGAGCUGGAAGAAUUCCUGGAAUGUACGAACAUUUAUGGAGAAAGUGUGAAUGCUGAGAAACGGUUGUUGCGUUUAAUACUUCAGCGUGUCAGGAGCAUUCUCAUGGUCCCUGAAUGUCCGUCUGCGGAGGGAGGAAGCCUUCCUGUUAUGAAUGAAAUCCAAACCAUGCAGAAUCGAACAAAAGAGCUCUUCCAAAAGGCUCAAAAGCAAAAGGAUGCUGUGCAGUCUGAAAUUGAAGAGCGGGACAAAGUGAACGAGGAGAUCGGCGCUUUGAAGGCUUCAUUACGUGACACUGAAUCUUUGCUCCACGAAACAGACUUAGAACCACUUAAUGAAAAGACAGCGAAACUUGAGGAAAUCCAAAGAGCCAUUGACAGUCAGAAGCAAAUUCUCCAGGAGAUAAUGGAUAAGUUACGUAUCAAAUACUCUGAAAUGUAUACGAUAGUUCCCGUCGAGAUUGAAACUCAUUUGGAAGACUGCAAGCAAACUUUGCAAGAGCUAGAAGAAAAGGUCACCACGGAAUCCCUGAAGCUUUCCCCACACUACACGGCAGAUAAAAAAAUACAAGAGAUCAGCAAAGGCCUGCAAGCGGUUGAAAACAUGCUGCAGCAGAAGAGCAAGAGCACUGCAAGAGCGAAAGAAAUCCAGAAGAGAAUCUGGGACAUGCUGGACCUUUGGCAUUACAAAAUGAACGAACUGGAUUCUGAGAUUCAAGACCUCGUGGAGCAAGAUCCUGGCCAGCAGGGUCAAGAGUUGAUGGAUCGUUGGAUGAUUCCGCUGCAACGAUACCAGCAAGUCUCUCAGCGGGCCGAGCGCAGAACUGCAGACUUGAACAGGGCUACCAGCAAGAUGGAAGAAUGUGAAGAACUCCUGAAGAGCACCCAGGUUUGGCUUGAAAACACCAACCGUCUGCUCACAGAGGAAGCUAAAAGUGACUCUGCAAAAGCUUUGAACAAGCAUGCUGAUGCACUCCAGAUGGCAUUUGAAGAUUCGGAGCAAAAGCAAAGCAUUCUCAGUGCAAUUUAUCCGGAGUUGGAGGAGUUCUCCUCUUUAAUUGAAACUGGCUGCACAGUGCAGAUGCUGAACAAAGUAAACGAGCAAGUUAAAGCCUUGCAACAGAAGAUAUUGGAGAUUCUUCCCCACAUCCAGCACUUGGCCGAUGAGGUGGAAGCUAUUGAAUCUGAAGUGAAAAAAAUGGAGAAGGAUGUGGACAAAAUUAAGACUAUCUUGUCCCCUUCAGAAGACACACUCGAUCUUUCUCCUAAGGAGCAUCUUAAACAUGGCCAGGUUAUAAUGGCCCAUAUCAGCCCCAUGCAGAAGGCAAUUGCUGAAAUCCAGUCCUAUAAAGAGAGUCUGAGGUUGCCAGGCAUGAGGAUGCAACCCCUCUCUGUGUUCCAAAGAACAAAGCAACUUCUGAAAGAGCUGAAGACCUUAGAAAGAAUUACCAAGGAGCAAAACGCACUGCUCGAGCCCAUUGUGAAAGAGCUGGAAGAGAGCGAGCAAGAAAUAGACUCUCUGAAGCAGUUCCUGUUCCCGAGGAGUGGCUUGGAUGAAUUGGCUACAGAAAUCCCAUGGCCUGCUCAGGCUGCCUCCUACCCAGAGGGCGAGGAGAUGGAAGACGUAAAGCAGCGGAUCUCCCUCCUUUGCCAGAGGAAGGAGGACAUUCUUACGAGGAUGAAGAAUUCCUUGGUGGAGCUACACCAGAGGCCAGAGCAGCCUGAACUAGAGGAGGACAUUUUGGAAUCCCCGGAACCGGAAGAACAUGGAGCUGGUGCUGAUUGGCAGCUGAAAAAGCGAGGUUCACUGUCUCUUCUGCCUUCCUUGGUCGAAGAAGCUGAGGACAAUUCAUUCCACAAUGAAGCUGUGGAUGCUGAGGAGCCUGACCAGCAGUUAAUUUCUUUGUCUCCGCAAAAAGCAAGAAGUGGUGAGGCUCUUGCAAGUCAUAGCGGGGGCAAAGCCUCCUCCAGUCGAGUCACAAACACUGCCGAGUGCUUAUUGGGAGAUUCAGAGGAGCCUUUGGGAGCCGGUAGGCCUGACUCAGAGCUUGCCCGGCUCCUCCAUGUGUGGCAGGCACAAAUUGCUGAGCUGGAACGGUGGCUAGACCAAACGAAAGAGUCCCUGGGAUCAGGAGGCCAGACCCGCCAAAUGCAACAGACGGUGGAGCAGCGUCUAGCUGCGUGCCAGGCUAUCUUAUCAGAGAUUGAACAGAAAGUGGCGCGCCUAUUGGAGGACUGCAAAGACAGGCACACCGGUGAGGGCCCUGGCAUCCAUCAGGAGGCAGAGAGCCUGUCUUCGAAGCUGAGAGAUGUGAAAUGCAACUUGAAAAGAGUGCAGGGCAUGCUCCAAGGGAAGAGCACAGAAGAGCAGAUCAUCCCUGAGGAAAAUACCUCUGAGGAGCUCCCUCCGCCCUUUUAUUUUGACCUCUCUGAUACAUUCCCGCUUCUUACCUUGGACCAGCCUCUCUUCAGCAGGCAGAAUGGUUUAGAGCAGCAGCAGGAGCUGCUGCUGCAGCUGUCAGAACAAAACAGUCUUGUUGACUUCAUUGACGUGUACAUGGAGAAGAUGCAGCCGCAAUCUGGGGAUAGCAAAACUCUGGAAUUGCAAGCAAGCAGUCUGAUGCGCCGAUCUAGUCACGAGGCACCCAGCUCUGGAAGUGAGCCCCUUGGUCUGAUUCCCAAGGACCAAGCAGGGGACAAGUGGCAACAUUUGCAGGAGGAGCUGCUCUUCAAAGUGAACCCUCCUCACUGUCAGUUCCCUGAAUCUCAGAUCUCUACCAAAAUAAAUAUUCUACCCAAGGGUGCCACAGCGAGUGUGAGAACUCCAACCGUCGAGGAGCUGAAAACGUACACGGCACAGCUUGGCAAUCUGAGCCAAGAAGCGUCUGUUCAGACACAGGAAAAUGUGACGGGGGAAGUUUCCUUAAGCUUGGACCAGAAGCUCUUUGAGCUGCUUUUGGCGAUCAGCCGCUGCCUGAACGACAUGGAGCAGAUGUUAAACACGUGUGAACUCACCAGUGAAGAAGCUCCUGUGCAACAGAUGCUUUAUGAGACUCUCUCCGCAGAGCUGCAAAAGCUUCAUGCGGAUAUUGGUGAGAAAAAGGAUGACCUUCUGAGGUCCAUUGCCUCUGCUGGUGGUAACGCUGAUAGAUUCUCCGAGUGUUUUAGCAACUUGCAGUCGUGGCUGCAGUCGACCCAAGCAGCUGCUUCUUCGAGGAGCAAGUCCAUAAAAGCUGAGCUGGACCAGUACAGUCAAUAUCAGAAUGAAAUCAGGCGAUUGUAUGGUAGGUUGAUUAUGAAAAAAUCCUUACUGCAAGAGUCCUUCGGCGCAACGAGCGAACACAGUAUCUCCGAACAGCUCCAGAGGCUGGACGCCCAUGAGUUGGAAAUGCAAAACUUUGAGAUGCAGACUGCUAAACUAAGAGGUCAUGUCCCUGUUGCCCUAAUCCAUGACGUGCAUAAACUAGAGGAUGUGUUAGAUGACCUUUGGGAGAUCCUGCAAGACAAACAGAAGGAGCUGACCUCUCCAUUUAUUAGCGAGCAACAAUAUGAAGCUUUGCUGCAGGGAUUAGCUGAGCUCUCAGAUCUUGGGCGAGAGAAAGUUGCUCAAGAGAUUAAGCUAAAAGCUACCAGUCGAACUACUUUACAGUUUCAUCUACAAAACCACAAGAGCUUUUUCUGCAACAAGGCCCACAGGCAGCUGGUGCAGAUAUGUUCCGAAAAGAUGGCACCUUCAGGAUUACAUGAGAGAGGGAAAGAAUGGAGUCAGCUGGUAGAGGAAUACCAAUGUUUGGAACAGCAAGCAGUCCAGCACGGAGCCUAUUUGGAAAGACUGUUACAGGACUGGAUCGCGUUUGAUGACGGCUAUGGGUCUUUCUGCCAAAAACUUGAGGCGUUGUCCUCCUCUGUGCCUUCUGUGGGUUUGGUGGAAGAGACAGAAGAAAGGCUGAUGGAAAGGACUCAGCUUCUUCAGCAAAUCAAAAUGAAAAUGGAAGGCGAGCAGGCCGGGUAUUGUCAGGUAGUGAAGGAAGGGAAGAACCUGAUGGGACUCGUGAACUGUCCUGAAUUGCAGGUCCAGAUUGAGAAGCUGGAGGACCAGUGGACCUCUCUUUCCAAAAGAGUUGCCCAUGAGCUACAGAGACUUGAAACGUUGCUCAAACUCUUGUCCAGCUACAACAGGGAUUCAAAGGAGCUGGAAAUCUGGCUGGGGUCUGCUCAGCAGCGCAUUCGUGACUGGAAGGAGCAGUCACUCAAUGCCUCCCAGGACUUGAACACUGUCAGAAACAGUAUACGCGACUUUAUUGCAUUUUCUACAGAGGUUGAUGAUAAAUCUUCCUUGAAGUCAUCAGUCGUAAGCACCGGCAAUCAGCUUUUGCUUCUUAAGCAAUCCGAUGCAGCAAUGCUACGGUCAGCUUUGACGACGUAUGACCAGAGAUGGGCUGACCUGAUCGCUCAGUUGCCAAGCAUCCAGGAGAAGCUUCUCCAGCUUCAGAUGGCAAAGCUGCCGUCUCAUGAGGCAAUCGCAGAAUUAAUGGACCAGAUGAACCAGAUGGAGCAAGAAAGAAGAGCUGAAGCUACUGUGAAUGCUCAGAGUCCCACAUGCCAAGUGAAAAGCCUUCUUAAGAAAUACAAGGAGUACGAGAUGGAAAUGAACUUCAAACAGGGGGUAGUAGAUUAUGUUAACCAGUCGCUGCUGCAGAUGACAACGUGCGACGUCAAGAACAAGCGUUACGAGAGGACGGUGUUUGCAGAGCGUCUUGGUGAAAUGAAUCUGCGGUGGCACCGGUUGAGAGGCUCUCUGGCCGGAAAGAUAAAGGAGCUGGAGCACAUUUUGGAAUCCGCAGGUGAAAAGGAGAGCAGAGCCCGGUCCCUGGGCAGCUGGCUAGAAGCACAAAGCAGAAGACUCAAGCAAGCAGGGAAGCCAGCAAGUUCCAUUCUUGCCCAGGACACGGCACAAGACUGCAAGGCGCUGGAAAACCAGCUUGCUGUUAAAUCUAAGGAGCUGGAUGAGCUGAAGCAGAGUUACCCAGUUUUAGGAGGUGGUGCUGAGGAUCCUGCGGGGGCAAUGCCGAGAACCAGCAAUUUAGAUGAAAUGAGGACCAGAGUUGCCAGCCAGAUUGCGCUGCUGAAGACCUCAACAGAGUCUGCUUUAGAGCAGUGGCGGAUUUAUGACCAAGCUUGGGAUGAAGUCAGACUGAUGCUUGCAAGAAUUGUGUAUUGCCUGGAGGUUAGCAAGCCUCCCAUGGUUACAUUCGAGACACUAAAAACCCAGGUGGAAAAUCUCCAGUCUCUUCAAGAUAAAGCAGAGAGUAAUGAAGAAAUCUGGGCUAAACUCCAAGCUGCUGCUUGUAACCUGAAGAAGCUGUGUGAUCCCUCGUUUUCUGAGAUUAUUGAACAGAAAUGCAGAGAGGCACGCACAAGAUGGACACUGAUGAACAAAGAAAUUGAAGAUCACCUACACAAAGCACAAGCAUCUUUACAACUUUGGGAAUCUUACGUUGGUUUACAUGCUGAAGUCAUGGCCAAGGUGGACAAGUAUGAAGAGCAAUAUGGUUCCCUUUUGGCAGAUGUGGCUGCAGGUCAUACGAUGGACUUCCCUUAAGCAGAAGGUCGAGGAUUGAAGAUGCUGAAACUGGACCUUCAGAACAUCAAAGAAAGUUUUCUUCCCGUUUCUGAGCUGGCAGAUAAAAUAGCUCAGCUGGCUGAGCCCACAGAAUCACUUCUUCCAGAAAAACUCCAGCCACUUCAAAGGAUCUCCUAUUUGGAGAAGAUGCUACAGAUGAAAGAAAAUAAGUUUGAGUUUGACCUUUCACAGCUGAAACGUUUUGAGACUUGCUUGGAAAACCUGGAGAAUCAUGUUAAAGGGUUCACGGAAGUAUUGGAAAAUCUGAACCAAGGCACUGAAGACUCAGAUCUACUCAUGAGCCAGAUGUUGGUCCUCACAGCUUUAUCACCUGAGAUGGAGAGUCUGAAUGAAUUCAGCUUUAGGUUUCCGCUCAGUGACUUCACUGCAAAAAGACUGCAGGAUCUGAACUGGCAAUGGACUCAGAAGAAAGCCAUGGCUCUGGAGAAAUGCUGUGAACUGCAGAGCAUUCAGUCUGAUGAAAAGUUCAUUCAGAGAUGCCAAAAGUGGGCGCUGUUCCAAGAGAAAAUGAAAGAGGUCUUGAGGGAAGAUAUGGCGGGCAGCCUAGAGGGACUGCGGAAACAGCAGAGGGAGUAUGAGACAUUGCAAGCGGAGAUCUUGGUGAACCAGCAGACUUUUAAUUCUAUCAUGUCAAAGGCUUUGCACGUGCUGGAAUCGGGAGAAGCCGAAAACCGGACCACGUUUCUCUCCAAACUCACCCUGCUGAAGGAACAGUGGCAAAGCAUCGUCCGGGCAGCUCAGCAGAGAAAGGGCGAGAUUGACAGUCUCGUAAAGCAAUGGCAAAAAUUCACAACUUCACUACAAGACAUCAAGAAGAUCCUCGUUCACACAAGUGGAUUCAUGGCUGCUGUGGAGAGUCAGGAGAAGUAUAGUCUGCACCAACUCAGGAAUCUGAGUCACGACGUCAAGAAAAAGGAGAUCCUCCUUCAGAGGUGGCAGACCAAGCACGCCUUAACCUUGGCGGCCGGGGAGAAGUUACUUGACGUGGCAAACCCCGAGGCCAGAGUUGCCCUACAGCUCAAGAUGACGCAUGUACAAGAGACCUGGAGCAAAACCCAGCUUCAGCUGGAGAAGAUCAGAAAGCAGCUUCAGCGCACCCUGCAGACGUGGGAGAGCGGCAAAAGCCAAACUGAAAACUUGGGCAAUAGGCUGCGGGAGCUGAAGGCAAGAAUAAAAUACCCUCUUCCAGUCCAGCAUGCUGAGCUUCAGGCUGCCAAGGAACACGUCAAGGAGCUGGAGAAGUCGCUGGCCAACUGGAACCAAAACACAAACAAACUUGGCAGCAUGAAGGGCCUGGCGCACUACAUCCUUGCGGAAGAUGUGAUGGUGCUGAAAGAGCAAGUCGAGCAUUUGCACAGACAGUGGGAAGAGCUCUGCCUAAGAGUUUCUUUGCGCAAGCAAGAGAUUGAGGACCGACUCAAUGCCUGGAUUGUGUUCAACGAAAAGAAUAAAGAGCUCUGCGCUUGGCUGGUGCAGAUGGAAAGCAAGGUGCUCCAGUCAGCCGACGUCAGCAUUGAAGAUAUGAUAGACAAGUUGGAGAAGGACUGCAUGGAGGAAAUCAGCCUGUUUAGUGAAAACAAUCUAGUGCUUCUGAAGCAAAUGGGUGAGCAGCUGAUCAAGGCCAGCAACGAGAGCAAAGCCGCUGAAAUAGAUGAGAAACUCAACAAGAUUAAUGAUCGCUGGAAGCAUCUCUUUGAUGUGAUUGGAGGACGGGUGAAGAAGCUGAAGGAGACCUUUUCUUUCAUACAGCUGCUCAACAAAAACAUGAGUAAUCUUCGCACCUGGCUGGCACGCAUUGAAUCUGAGCUUUCGAAGCCUGUUGUUUAUGACACCUGCGAUGAUCAGGAGAUAAAGAAGAGACUUGCAGAGCAGCAGGAUCUGCAGCGAGACAUUGACCAGCACAGCCCUGAUGUCGAUUCUGUCUUCUGCAUCUGCGAGGUCUUGCUGAACGAUUCCGAUGCCUGUGCCAACCAGACUGAAUGCGACUCCAUCCAGCAGACCACAAGAAGUUUGGAUCGCCGGUGGAGAAACAUCUGUGCCAUGUCUAUGGAGAGGCGGAUGAAGAUUGAGGAAACAUGGCAACUUUGGCAAAAGUUCCUGGAGGACUACUCUCGCUUUGAGGACUGGCUGAAGACAGCCGAGAGGACAGCAGCGUAUCCAAACUCUUCGGAGGUUUCGUACACCAAUGCCAAGGAGGACUUGAAGAAAUUUGAGGCAUUUCAGCGACAAAUCCACGAGCGACUGACGCAACUGGAGCUGAUCAAUAAACAGUACCGGCGGUUGGCCCGGGAGAAUCGCACUGAUUCAGCCAGCAAGCUGAAGCAGAUGGUCCACAAGGGCAACCAAGACUGGGAUAACCUCCAGAAACGCGUGACGGCAAUUCUCAGGAGACUCAAGCACUUUACCAAUCAAUGGGAGGAGUUUGUGGGGACCAAGGACAGCAUCCUGGUGUGGCUGACCGAAAUGGACCUGCAGUUGACCAACGUGGAACACUUCUCAGAGAGCAACUUGGAUGAGAAAAUGCGGCAGCUAAAUUGUUUCCAGCAGGAAAUAUUGCUAAACACCGACAAGAUCCAUGAGCUUACUAUGUCCGGGAAGCACCUGAUUCAGAAAAGCGAGCCUUCGGAUGCUGUUGUGAUUGAAGAGGAGCUGCAAGAGGUCCACAGAUACUACCAGGACGUGUUUGGCCGUGUCUCCCGAUUCCAGCAUAGACUGGCAUCCUGGCCCCCGGGACUGGAAGAUGAAAAGGAGACCUCUGAAAGCGAGGCCGACAUGGAAGAUGCAAGGGGGAUGCACCCCUGGUGCCGAAAGGCCAUGCAGGAAGUGCUGCCGCCCCAGCAGUCCCUCUGCCACCUCGUGCCCCCUGCAGUGGGUCACGAGAGGUCGGGCUGCGAGACGCCCGUCAGCGUGGACUCCAUCCCCUUGGAGUGGGAUCACACCGGGGACGUCGGAGACUCUGGUCCACAAGAUGAGGAAGAAGAACAGUAUUACAGUGAUCUGUCAGAAAAAUCUGCUUCUGAGACCCACACGUGGCACUCUCCAGAAAGCCCUGCUUGCCGAAAACAUCCAUACAGCCAGGGAGAGAUGGUUCCAAGUGUCCUUUUGAACAGCCCAGAGACAAGCACUCCCUACAAACCAGGAUAUGUGAAACAACGGAGCAGCAGGAGUCUGGACAGCAUGCAGGAGAUCUCUGGGAUGUUGCCUAACGAGGAACCCCAAUCUAGCCAGAGCCUUGAUGGCGUUGCAGCCAUAGAAAAACAACCAGGAGGCCUGGAGAGAUGGGAGCUGAUUCAAGCCCAAGACUUAAGCAACAAGCUGAGAAUGAAGCAGAGUCGGCAGCAGCGGGAGCAGCUGAAUUCUGACCUCACGAAUAUCAACGCUUGGCUGGAUAGAACAGAGAAGGAGCUUGAAAUGUUGCAGGAGGCAGAACCGCCCACCAGCAUCACGGCCAUCCAUCAGAGAGUCAAGAAGCAGAAAGAUAUGCUCAAAGCCUUUGAUAACUACAAGGCACUUGUGCUUUCUGCCAACCUGACCAGCAAGGACUUCAGGCAAGGAGACAGCGCUGGAUCCAAAGAGCUCCAGAACAGGCUUCGGCAAGUCAAUAUGCGCUGGGAGGAGGCCAUUCAUUUGAUGGGAGAGUGGAGGAAGAGUUUGCAGGAAGCCCUGGUGGGCUGCCAGGAUUUCCAUAAGCAAAACCAUAACCUGCUGCUGUGGUUGGCUGUUGCAGAGGUUCGGAGGCAUCAAGCACAGAUCAAGGAUCUGAAUGCUGAUCCUCACGCAAUUCAGGAGAGCCGAAGAGAAUUAAUGCAACUGGAGAAAGAGCUUCUGGAACGGCAGCCGCAAGUCAACACUCUGCAGGAGAUUUCCACUCACUUGCUCGUCAAAUCUGGUGGAGGAGAUUAUGUUGAAGCUCACGAGAAGGUCCACGUUAUUGGGAAGAAACUGAAGCAGCUUCUGGAAAGAGUCUCAAGUGAUUUAAAGGUCUCGCAUGGAAAGCAGGACACAAGUGCAUUUCUGCAGGAUGUGGACGAACUGGACUCGGGAGGCUGUCCUCAGCGACCAGAGAAACCUUGCACAUAUAAAAACAAGCAGGCUGGUGGAAGGAAGACCUUGGAGACUGAGAGCGGCGCUGAUAUUAGAGGGGAUGACGACGAGAGUGCCAGCCCAGCUGCUCCCAAGACCCGUGGCUUCCUGUCCCGUGUACUGCGAAUGGCGUUCCCUCUUCAGUUGCUCUUCCUUCUCCUCCUGCUUUUGGCCACCCUGCCCCCUUUCUCGGAGGAAGAUUACAGCUGUGCACACCGCAACAACUUUGCCCGGUCUUUCCACCCCAUGCUGCGAUUCGUCAAUGGGCCUCCUCCCUUCUGAAGCGUCCCAAGGGCUUUUUUGCACCUCAACCAAAAUGAACCUCCUCAGCAGGCUCUUCUUCUCAUGCUGCUAUUGCCAUUCUGUGGACUUCACACCGUGAAUGCGUCAGAUUUCACAACUGAAGAAGUAGAUCCUCUAGCAAUUUCAAUAUUUGGGAUGGGUUGCGGGGCGGGGGCAGAGACAGGUGUUAACUCGGUUUUGUACAGGAAAAUACUUUUUUCUAUAUAUAUUUUUGAACUGUAAGCAACAUACUGUAUACUUUUGCACAAUGUGUGAUCGAUCGGCUGAUGGCUUCCAUGCCAGAAUGUCUUCUGAAGACGAAUUUUCAAGAUGAUGUCAUGUUUGCAUUGAAAUAAUGUGAUUUUUAGCUAACGACGAAUGCUGUAGAGAAUAGCUUUUAGUGUGACGGAGAGAACCCAUUUUUCAGCUGGUGCUUUGCAUGCAAAGAAAUCUAUUUCCAUACUUCGAUAUUGUAGUGAAAAGAAAGGUUUGAUUUUAUAUAAAUAUAUAUAAAAUACUUGUUAUACUUUAGUAUUUUAGCAACCCUCUCUCUCCAGUUAACAAAUACAUAUAGA